ACAUUACUCCAAUAAUCCCACGCGCCUUCUCUUUCAUUAUUAUUUUGAAUUUAUCUUAUUUUCGCCACCAAUCAUUUCUACUUCUUCUUCUUCUUCUUCUUCCUCCGUCGCAUCGCAUCGAAUCUCGUGCACGUGCUGUUGCAGGCAGGCAGCCAUUUGCAGCAAAAAAUGCCAGAAAUUCAGUUGGGUGUACACACUAUCAGAUCACAUGGAGCUAGAGUUGCAAGGAUACAUAUGCAUGACUGGUUGAUUCUUUUGCUUCUUGUGGUAAUUGAUGCUGUCUUGAAUAUAAUAGAGCCAUUUCACCGUUUUGUUGGAGAAGAUAUGAUGACGGACCUUAGAUACCCACUGAAAGAUAACACUAUUCCUUUUUGGGCUGUUCCGAUAAUUGCAAUAUUGCUGCCACUUGCCGUCUUUCUUGUUUACUAUUUCAUCCGGAAUGAUGUUUAUGACUUUCACCAUGCCUUAUUGGGCCUUCUAUUUUCUGUACUCAUUACUGCGGUGAUAACUGAUGCUAUCAAAGAUGGUAUUGGACGGCCACGCCCGGAUUUCUUCUGGCGCUGUUUCCCUAACGGAACAGGGGUGUUUGAUAAAGUAACAAGCGAUGUUCUGUGUACCGGAGAUAAGAGUGUUAUUAAGGAAGGGCACAAAAGUUUCCCGAGUGGGCAUACAUCUUGGUCUUUUGCUGGUCUUGUUUAUCUCUCUUGGUAUCUAUCCGGAAAAGUUAGGGUGUUUGAUCGCAGAGGCCACAUUGCAAAGCUCUGUCUUGUUCUCUUACCAGUCCUCCUGGCAGCUUUGAUUGCUGUCUCCCGUGUUGAUGAUUAUUGGCAUCAUUGGCAAGAUGUGUUUGCUGGAGGUCUUAUAGGGACGACAGUUUCUUCCUUUUGUUACUUACAAUUCUUUCCACCUCCAUAUGACAUUGAUGGUUGGGGACCUCAUGCAUAUUUCCAGAUGUUAGCCGAAUCUCGUAAUGUUGCUCAGCCCCCUGCCAACAAUGAGAUUAAUCUUGCACAAUCUGCAGAGCUUCAGACCGUAUCUUUGUAUAUCCCAUCUCAAAAUGAUGGAGAUGCACGGGGCAAUAGCUGGGAUUCGAGCCCCAUGUUAGGCGGUGGGUUAUCACAAAAUGCAAGGAUGCAUUGACUGCAAGAAAGACAUAGGAAAGAUCAUCAGAUGUCCAUAGCCUGUAAAAAUUAUAGGGGUUUGGGAGGUUCAGUUGCAGAUAAUUGACACUUUAGCAUCGCUCUGUUAAUUGCCUUGGUUCUUAGAUGGUUGUUGGAUUGAAAUAUUUUGUUAGCUGUUUAUGUUUCGUCCAACUUA